UUUAUCGCCUGAAAAUUGGGGGAAGAAAGAGCCAAUCACCGCGAGCGGUUCCCGACCGAGAGAAGCGAGCGAGCUCAUGGGGAGCACGGGCAUCGCCCGCGGCUCCUGCUGUUUCCCCUCAAUAAAUUCCCCUGCUUCUCCUCCUUCUCCCCGCCAUCGCCAUCUUCUCUCUUCGACCCUCGACCUCAAUUCUCAUCGCUCCUCGCCUAAAAGAGCUCUUCAUUCCCUUCUCCCGAAACCCAAUUUCUACAGAGCUCAAUCUCGCUGCCCAUCUCGCAUUCAGUCCAUCAAGGCAACUGGGUUAAGCUCAUUGCCUCUAAAGAAAAACCCAGAAGAAGAAGAAGAGGAAGCGAUGACGAUCACGACUUCUGUGAGGAUCUCUGAUAAGAAGCUGAUCAUCAAAGGCCGAGACAUUCUCACUGGAGUCCCCGAUAAUGUCGUAACGAGCUCAGCUGCGAGCUCUGGUCCCCUUGAUGGAAUCUUCCUCGGUGCCCAGUUCGAUAAACUUGAUUCUCGCCAUGUUAUUCCUCUUGGUACUCUGAGAAAUAUUCGGUUUUUAUCGACCUUUCGGUUUAAGCUCUGGUGGAUGACGCAGAAAAUGGGGAAUCAGGGGAAGGACAUACCUUUGGAGACCCAAUUCCUCUUAUUGGAAUCAAAAGGGGAUGACGACGGAGUCAUGUAUAUCGUCUUCCUUCCUCUUAUCGAAGGCCCGUUUAGAACCUGCCUUCAGGGGAAUUCUCGUGACGAGAUCGAGCUCUGCUUGGAGAGUGGAGAUGUUGAUGUAAGAGAAAACUCUUUCUCUCAUUCUGUCUACAUUGGUGCCCCUGACUCUGAUCCCUUUGCGGCCAUCUCUGAUGCUGUUCGUGCUGCUAAGUCGCAUCUCAAGACAUUUCGCCAUAGGACAGAGAAGAAGCUCCCUAGCAUUGUGGACUACUUUGGUUGGUGCACUUGGGACGCAUUUUAUCAAGAAGUUAGUCAAGAGGGAGUCGAGGCUGGCCUCUCUAGCCUCACAUCAAACAAUACGCCGCCAAAGUUCGUCAUUAUUGAUGAUGGAUGGCAAUCCACAGCAUCCGAUGAGAACUCCGACACCGGUUCUUCUCUCCAAAGACUCACCGGGAUCAAGGAGAACUCGAAAUUUCAGAACAAGGAUGAGCCAGGAUUAGGGAUUGAGUCAAUUGUAUCGAUAGCUAAGGAGAAGUACGGGCUCAAGUAUGUAUAUGUUUGGCACGCAAUUACUGGAUAUUGGGGAGGUGUUCGUCCUGGUGUCAAGGGAAUGGAGCAGUAUGGAUCAAGAAUGCAGUAUCCAAAUGUAUCGCCUGGUGUUAUGGAGAAUGAGCCAUGGAUGAAGACCGAUGUUUUAACAUUGCAAGGAUUAGGGUUAGUGAAUCCGAAAGGGGUGUACAAAUUUUAUAAUGAGCUUCAUGGGUAUUUGGCUACGUGUGGGGUUGACGGUGUGAAAGUGGAUGUUCAGUGUGUAUUAGAGACCCUUGGGGCCGGACAUGGAGGUAGAGUUGAGCUUACACAGCAGUAUCACCAAGCUCUGGAUGCAUCGGUUGGCAGGAAUUUUCCUGAUAACGGUUGCAUUGCGUGUAUGAGCCAUAACAGCGAUGCACUCUACUGCUCAAAGCAGACAGCGGUUGUGAGGGCUUCAGAUGAUUUCUAUCCGAGAGAUCCAGUUUCACAUACGAUUCACAUAGCAUCAGUAGCUUAUAAUAGUGUGUUUCUUGGGGAGUUCAUGUUGCCGGAUUGGGAUAUGUUUCAUUCUCUGCACCCUGCUGCUGAAUAUCAUGCCUCGGCCAGGGCUAUCAGUGGAGGCCCUAUUUAUGUUAGUGAUGCCCCUGGAAAACACAAUUUCGAGCUACUGAGGAAAUUGGUGUUACCUGAUGGGUCUAUUCUUCGUGCUCGAUUACCUGGUCGACCCACAAAAGACUGCCUUUUCUCUGAUCCUGCUCGUGACGGAGUUAGCUUGCUUAAGAUUUGGAACAUGAACAAGUAUUCCGGUAUACUCGGCAUUUACAACUGCCAAGGUGCAGCAUGGAGCUCUACUGAGAAGAAAAAUGUGUUUCAUCAAACUGGAACAGAGGCACUCUCUUGUGCUUUAAAAGCAAGUGAUGUGCAUCUCAUUUCAGAGGCUGCAACUGAUAAGAACUGGAAUGGUGAUUGCGUUGUUUAUCACCAUGAAGAUAGUAAACUUGUUGUUCUUCCUCAUGAUGCUGCCUUACCCGUCUCAUUGAAGGUUCUUGAACAUGGAAUCUUCACCGUCUCUCCCAUUAAGGUUUUAGAACCUGGAUACAUGUUUUCUCCCUUGGGUCUUAUUGACAUGUAUAAUGCUGGCGGAGCAAUAGAGGGCCUCUCAUAUCAAGUUGAGAGCUCUGAAGAACUUUUGCAAAAAGAUUCUAGCCUCACAAGCAAGCUCAAUGAGGUUUCUUUUGAAUCACUAGAGAAAUAUGAUGAGUCUGCGGCUAGAAUUUGCAUUAAAGUAAAAGGAUGCGGAAGAUUUGGAGCUUAUUCUUCAGCUAAACCGAAGAAAUGUUCACUGGGUUCAUCUGGUACCGAUUUCUCUUAUGAUUCUUGCUCUGGGCUUCUAACACUUCAACUGGACAAUAUGCCAGAGAAUGAGCAGAAGCUUCAUCAAAUUAUUGUUGAGUUAUAGAUUUAUACCCCAAUAAGGAUAUUCAUUGAACUUGGAUACCAUUUGAUUUGAGACUGAAGAUUGUUCACACCUUUCUUAGGUGGAAAGAUAAAGAGGUUUCAAAGAAGAAAAUAUAUAGGAUGAUUGUGCCAAGAUAUUUCAUUGCUCAAGAAGUUGAUUAUUUGGAUUAUUGAUUCACUAUCCCAUAAAUGAUGGAUCAUGUUCUGCAACUAAUUGUUGCUAUUCGUUUUUCUUCAGUUCAUGGUUUCUAAUGGAGAGCUUAAACUUUGAUCAUUCUGUCCGGUGAGAUUUCAAGCAUAUAGAUAGUCCGCAUUUGUUAAUUUCUUUCGCAAGGAAAUGCAUUUUCAGGGAGAUGUUGGAAUUCUGCAUUUAAUCAGAUAUGAGACGGACUCACAUUUUCGACUUAACAUGUUAAUUUGCGCAAGUUUAUGGCCUAGUAAAAUGUAUAUGCCAGAUACUAAGACAAUUUUCUACAUAA